CCAAACAGCAGGUCCCUAAGCCUUCCCUCAUUUUCACAAUGCCUCGUCUCUUUAUACAAAUGGGACACCCACCACAGUCUCUUUAAUCCAGCACAGAAACUGACGUGUCUCAAUACAGCUGGAAAUUAGCCCAUGAAAAAGUGCACCCAACAGGACUUCUAGUGCUUAUACAAAGUGGUGACUGAAGCCAAGGCAAUUUAGACUCACAAGGAAUGUAAACAGUGGGGGGAAUGAUACCAUCACAACUGAGGUGAAUUUCACUUGAUUCAUUUAUUUCAUUUGCAUAAACAUUGUGCUUCAGAUCAGGAAACAAUGAGCUGGCUUAUUCAAAUUUGGGAAAACUGGAUUAGUGUUACUUAUUUGGAAGAAUUCCUGAACUAUGUGGUUCACCCUCGAUGGUUAUUCCUGCUUCCGAUUUUGAUUUAUUCAUUAUGGUUAUAUUUCUAUUUUGUUGGCUGUGCUAUCUCAUUUUUGCUCUUUGCUUACAAGAAGAUGAAUAACCACCAAGAAACUGAUUUUUAUAGCAAAUUUUGGGACAAGGCAAGGCAAGUUAUGGCUCCAAUUUAUGAGCUACUUGGAAAGAUAUGGUAUGGUCAUGAAAUUGUUGGCAUGGAACAUCUCCCUAAAGGACCAGGGAUUGUUAUUCUUCAUCACCCAAUUAUUGUUGUCGGGUAUACCUUUUUUCUGACAAAAGUUUAUAAAGAGACAGGGAGACUUUGCCAUACAGUAAUUCAUCAUGGCCUGUAUAGGAUUCCAGGACUGAAGUUUUUUUAUGAUGUGCUCUUUUUGAGAAAUUUCAAGAAAGCUGAAUGUGUGGAAAUUCUGAAGAAAGGCCAUUUAUUGGGCAUUACACCUGGUGGAGCUUUAGAAGCAAACUUUAGCAAUGACUACACCUUAAUGUGGAAUAACCGCACAGGUUUCGCUCGGCUCGCUUUGGAGGCGAAAGUGCCCAUCAUCCCAAUAUUUACACAAAACAGUUGUGAAGCAUAUAGGACCUUUGGAAAGACAAGGCUGACAAAAUGGCUGCAAAAGAAAUUUCCAGGUUUUCUCCUUCCCAUAUAUGGAGGGUUUCCAGUGAAAUUGAGGACAUAUAUUGGAGAACCAAUCCCAUAUGAUCCAAAUAUUUCUGCGACAGAGCUGGCUGAAAAAGCCAAGACUGCACUUGAAAAUCUUCGGGAUAGGCACCAAAAACUGCCAGGAAAUACAUUAAGAGCUCUUUCAGAACGAUUUGAUAAGCAAUACAAAGCUAACAAGUCUAUGUAAAACUGUUGUAGCAUUUUUGACUAUGUGUCCACAACAAAAACUAAUAAUUGUGCAAUUAAAGCUAAGGUAAUGUACAUAGAAUUGUGCUGGGUUGUGUAUGAGUUAUUUGGAAGGGUGGCUAGUUCAGCACCUGCUUUGCAUGCAGAAGGUCCUAGGACUGGAAGACGUACAGGUCCUGUCUUGCCCUAUCUUGCAGGACUCCCAGAAUGCCCCUUUGGGGGAAUUACACUUGUAGAGCCAGAACCAAAGAGUAUAAUGGGAGGAUGGAUGUUUAACUGAAACACAAAAUAAUGUUACACCUGAAAGAGUAAUGCCUAUAAAUCAGCUGUAUUAAAACAGUGACAUUUCUUUUAUGUUUGCAAAAGGCAUGUUCUGCUUCUUAUCUGUUCUUAUUUCCAAACAGGACUUUAUACUAGGUUAUUAAGUCCCAUGGGGGAAUGAAUCCAGCAAUGGAGUCUGGAUUCCUGUCUCCCCCUAAGCUCCCCUGUAGCUGGGUGCAGUUCUCAUGUUUC